AUGCCUUUCUUUUCAAAAAAUUAUGUUUCCUCUUCUUCUCUGCCAUCAUCUCCCUCUGUUUAUUCCACAAAAGACAACAACAACAACAAUUGCUGUGGUACUGCUGGUAAUUCCGGGAUUACCCGCGGCCAAUCUUUUAUGCACAAGAAGCUGGAACGGCAGAGGAAGCUUAGGCAUGUCAGUGAGCAGGACCUUGGCUUGAAUUUCACGGACCGGCCAAAUUCGCCGCCUGGUGACCCCGAUUCCGCCAGAAAGUCGCGGUCUCCGGGCGGGACCGAUCACUGGUCUUCGGUGGCCAUCCCGCAUCCAUUGCCAGUACCUGAAUUGCUUUUGACUAGGAGACGGGAGUUGUUGGGUUCGAUUUUGGGCCAGGUUCAUCUCGGUUCACCCGGAGAAGGCCCGAACCAUGUGUUAAGGAGGAAUAGCACUGAUCACAUUGCUACAAAGUCUGCCAUAUCUUCAAGCAAUUUUCGUCAGAGAUUCUCUCAGCACGCAAAUGUUGAAAGCACUAAUCGUGACUUAAGACUGAAAAUUCCCGCCAGAAGUGCUCCGACAAGUGGUUUCUCAAGUCCUUCUGCCAGUCCACGUGGAUUGAAUGCCACAGAUCUUUUUGCUUCUCAUGCUGCUACACAGUCUGCUAAAUCUUCAGGCAAUUGUAACAGGGUACUGUCUCAUGAUCUAAUUAUUGAAGGUGCUAAUCACAAUUCCAGGUUGAUUACUUCACCCAGGAGUGCUCCAACAAGCGGACUCCCAAGUCCUGCUCCUGUUAGCCCAAAAAGAUCAUACACCGGAGACUUUUUACCUUCUUUUGUGGCUCAUCAAGAAUAUCCGCUUCGGUCAACUUUGGAGAUUCCAGAUUUGGGUAGGCUUGCAAGCCAUUCUUCACGAGUGCCACCAGUUAAAACUGCAUUUAGUCCUGAUCAUUCUCCACUUCAUAGCCCAACAUUAAAAAGUCCCUACCUUAACCUCAAAAAUAAAUUUUCUUUUCCAUCACAUCAUAAAUUGUGUCAGGGAAGUUCUAAGGAGUGGCCUGAAAGUAGUCGUGUAAGUUCUCACCCGUUGCCUCUUCCUCCUGGAUUUUCACCUUCACAAUCCAUGCCAUCCCCACCAACUGCCAUCCAUAACAUGUCGGAAAAACUAAAUGUACCAGUAAGAAAAAAUCAGUGGGUGAAAGGAAAACUUAUUGGAUCUGGUACCUAUGGAAGAGUUUAUAUUGGAACCAACCGAGUGACUGGAGCCUUAUGUGCAAUGAAGGAAGUUAAUAUCGUCCCUGAUGAUCCUAAAUCUGCUGAAUGUAUAAAGCAGCUGGAGCAGGAAAUUAGAGUUCUCCGUGAUCUAAAGCAUCCAAAUAUAGUGCAAUAUUAUGGCUGUGAGAUUGUUGAUGAUCAAUUUUACAUUUAUUUAGAGUACAUUAAUCCCGGUUCAAUCAAUAAGUAUGUCCAUGAACAUUGUGGACACAUGACAGAAUCUAUAGUCCGCAAUUUCACCCGCCAUAUUCUCUCUGGGUUGGCUUAUUUGCACAGUACAAAGACAGUCCACAGGGUCAUUAAAGGUGCAAAUUUGCUUGUUGAUGCAUCAGGUGUUGUUAAGCUCACAGAUUUUGGGAUGGCAAAACAUCUUACAGGACUAUCAUAUGAUUUGUCCUUGAAGGGCAGUCCACACUGGAUGGCUCCAGAGGUCAUAAAAGCUGUGAUGCUGAAAAAUUGCAAUCCUGAACUUGCUUUGGCCGUUGAUAUUUGGAGUCUGGGUUGCACCAUCAUUGAGAUGUUUACUGGCAAACCUCCAUGGGGUGACCUUCAGGGGAAUUUGGGUUCAAUGAUUGCUACAUAUCAGGCUCAAGCUAUGUUCAAGAUUUUGUAUAAAGAUCCACCUAUCCCGGAUGCAUUGUCACCAGAGGGAAAAGAUUUUCUUCGUCGUUGCUUUCGAAGAAAUCCAGUGGAGCGUCCAUCAGCUAUGAUGCUACUUGAGCAUCCUUUUGUGUGCAAAUCAGGUGAUCUUAAUGUGUCAGCAAGCAGAGAACCAGUACCUACAGUGAAUCUCUUGGAUAAUCCACAGCGUUUGAGAGAUUACACUGUAGAAAAAGAUGUGUUGCAAACCUCCCCAUGCGUGCGGAUGAGGAACCAUCAACUGACAAGUAGUAGCGAGACCAGUCAACAAAGUUACGUUUACACAUUCAACUGUGCUGCAACUUCUCAUCGCCUCCCUUGUUCAACACUCGAAGCCCGCCCUUAUCUAUCUACAGCACAACUAGUUCGUGAUUCACAUAAUUUUAUCUCUUCUUCAAAUGUUUCUAGCAAUGCGCCAGAUGGUGGUGCUGCAAACAACCAUCCUUUGGCGCAUCUAAGGAAUCGUGGAAGGGAAAUUCGACAUAUCUGA